CGCUUUCUCUUUCUAGAUGUCACUUCCGGUGCACAAGAAAACAACAAACCAGGAAGGAAGAAGUCCCAGGAAGGAGUGUGGGAUCUGAAGUUCGAAGUAGAGAUUCAGUUUAAUGGAUCUUGAGACUAGUAAAAAAAGACAAAGCACCUCCACCUCUGCAUAGCCCAGGCAUACAGUAAAUGAGAAAGAAGGAUCUGGCUGGAUGAGUAUAGCCCAGGGGGACUGGAGCUGCAACAUGGUGCAGCCAAGUGGGUGCCCAGCUAGUGACUAUGGCAUGAUGGGAGAUGACUCCUCUCUGGGCAAAGCUGGUACCCUUCAGUUGCCAGCUGAGCUAGCAGGACAUGAAGCUGUGCAAUAUUUCCUGGCUGAGAACAGAGACCUCAAAGAAGCCAUCCGACAAAGUAACCACAUGCUACGAGAACGGUACCAGGAAUUUGUGCAGUUCCAGGCGUCCAAAAAGGAGGAGAAGGAAUUCCUUAUGAGCAAGUUCCAGGAGGCUCGGCUUGUGGUGGAAAAGUUGCACUUGGAACGCAUGGGGCUGGAGAAGCAGUUGGAGCAGGCUUUUCAGGAUCUAGAGCGACUGAAGACAGCUUCUCAACCAUUUCUCUCAGAGAAAGGCCCUGCUGGCACCCAAGAGGAGCCAGACACUGUGACUCUUACUGAGGAAGAUGUAUGUACUGUGACAUCGGGGAUACUAAAGCAGAAAAAGGAAAGGCUGGAAGAGGACUUGAAGGCAUUGCAAGACGCCAACCAGGCCUUACAGAAAGAAAAACUUGCCUUGCAGGCCAAGAUCGCCACACUCCAACAAACAGCAAAGGUCACUGUGCCAGUAAAGGAGUUCAGAAUAAAGAUUAAUGAGAAUGGUUUUCCACUGGAGCAGUCCCUGGAAGUAGAGUCCCUGCAGGGUUCAGGGGACAAAGACAGUGUUGGUGGGAAACAAAUUGAGCAGCUGCAAAGAAGGCUGAAGGAGGCCGAAGAUGAGAACUUAGCCCUUCGGCAACAGCUGGCAUCCAGUCUGGAGGAGCUGGCCUCCCGGACAGCCCGGGAGCAGGAGAUCCAGCAGCAGCUGCAUGCCUUGACCAAGCAGCUGGAGCAAGCUGGGGAGGAUAAGACCCUGGCAAAGGCCCAGGUGACAUCCCUGCUGGGGGAGCUGCUGGAGAGCCAAAGCCGCCUCGAAACUUGCACAGAGCGAAAGAAGGAGCUGGAGGAGAGGGUUCGUGGGGCUGGUGAACGACUGCAGCAGCUUGAAAAGGAGGCGGAAGUCCGCACCAAGCAGCACAGCGUACAGGUGGAUCAGUUACGGCUGCAGGUGCAAAACCUUGAGAGUGCUCUGCGAGUGGAACGGCAGGGUGCCACAGAGGAAAAGAGAAAACUAGCCCAAGUGCAGGUGGCCUAUCACCAACUCUUCCAAGAGUACGAUACCCACAUCAAGACCAGCUUGGAAAGUGAGAAGAGGAGCAAGGGCUUGGAUCUGCAGGUCGCUGAACUGUCUCAGCAACUGCAGCAGGCCGAGGAGGCUCUGGUGGCCAAGCAAGAGCUCAUUGACAAGCUGAAGGAGGAGGCUGAACAACACAAAACUGUAAUGGAGACUGUGCCUGUGCUCAAGGCACAGGCUGAUAUUUUCAAGACAGAUUUCUUGGCAGAGCGCCAGGCUCGUGAAAAGCUACAUGAACAGCGAGAGACCCUGGUGGAGCAAGUUGCACAAUUGCAGAGGGAGAAUGAGAAGCUGAAAUCCGACUCUGAAGGAGUCAGCCGGGCACUGAUGGAAGAGAUGAGGAAUCGCCAUUCAGAAAUGCGUCCACCUCCUCAGCCAUCUUUCUUGAUGGGUACUGCUCCAUUCCACCCCCAGCUUAUAACAGGGCGAAGACAAAGCGUUCUAGAAGAACCACCUAUCCACUAUUGUCCCAAAUGCCAGUAUAAAGCUCCAGACAUGGACACCCUACAGAUCCAUGUCAUGGAUUGUAUCCAGUGAUAGCGAUAAAGAAGGGGAAGAUCCAGGCUGACGUGCAUUUGCAUUGCUUUAAACAGAACCAGCAGUUCAACUGCCGAUCCUGGAGCAAAGACCGUGGACUGCUUACUUCCCGCUCCCCUGUAUGUCAUUAACUUUUUUCCUCUUAUAAUAAUGGCUGAGCCUACUGCUGUCCUUCUUCA